AUGAGCAGGCACAAAUAUGUUUUGGACGCGAACAGCGUCAUUAAGUGUAAGGACUUAUUGUUCACAAACUACGACUGCUACGUUACAGAAGGAGUUAUAAAAGAAAUAAAAGAUGAGCACUCAAGGAAGAGACUGAACAACAUGAUGCCGCUUCUAACUGUUGCGCACGCGGAAGAGAGGGAUGUGAAUUUUGUAAAAUAUUUUUCUAAACUGACUGGGGAUUACGACUCCCUCAGUGAGGUAGACAUAGAUGUCAUUGCGCUGACCUACAUGUUGCACCGUAUGCAUGGAGAUGUGUCCAAACUGAAUGCCUCUCCAAUGGAAACCAUUUAUAAGUACGACCAAGUUGAGUUUGAUUAUGUGGGGAAGGGGAGGCGUGAAGGGGAGGACGGGGAAAAGGGCCUUAUGGGAGAUGGAGCAGUAACUGGAGAGGUAGCUAUGGGGGAGGGAGAUGAGACCACCGCGAGCAGCGCGCAGCCGGAAAAGACGGAAGCAGGGGUGGACGAUUUGAAGCGGGAAGAUGGCGCCGCGGGGGGGUUCGACGUGGUAGACGGGAGUGAUGGAGACGCCGAUGAAAGUAUACAGGGAAGUAAUACCGAAGAGGGUGGAAGUAUACAGGAAAGUGACACAGACGCAGAUGAAAGUAUAAAGGAAGGUGAUGGAGACGCAGAUGAAAGUAUACACGGAAGUGAUGCGGACUCGGAUGGAAGCGUUGAUGAAGACGACUCACCCACGACACGGGGACGAAUUCGCGGGUGUGAAAUGAUCAAGGAGGAAGUCGUACAAGUGACAGAGGCGGCCGACCAGAAGGAGGAGGACGAAGAAGGCGGCCAAUGGAUAAACAUAAAUAAUUACGACACACAAAAUAUAGACGUAAAUAAGGAAGAACAAUUCACUUCAAAAGUAGCAUGCGUAACGACAGAUUAUGCGAUGCAAAAUGUUAUGUACCAGAUGGGCUUAAAUGUAAUCACAAUGGAUGGUUUUAAAAUAAAUUCCAUAAAAUUGUGGGGACAUAUAUGCACAUCAUGCUAUACAUUUGUAAAAAAAACUUCUGUUCUUUUCUGCUCCAAGUGUGGAAAUAACAACUUGAGAAAAGUAAAUGUCGUGGUGGAUAAUAAUUUAAAAAAGCUAGUCGUGAAAAUCCCCCAAUUCAGGGUUAAUACCAAAAAUACCAUUUAUAGUAUCCCCAAAAAAAAAAAUUCAUCCCAAAAAAAAUUUCAAGAUAAGUUGCAAAUAUUUAGAGAAGAUGAAUUACUCAUGGGAGGGAGAAAACAAUUUUUAACACAUCAAAAAAAACUUUACGAAUCGCAAAAAAGUAAAAAGGACCCCUUCAGUGGAGACAACCUGCAUGAUAACUAUGCCAACGACUGGGCGUACAGGACGACAUUGAAAAACGGCAAGGUUGCCAUUUUGACCAACCCGAAAAUUGUUGUGGGUGGAAAAAAGAAAAAUCCACACAGGAGGAAGAAGAAGAAGUAG